AUGGAUGAAUUGAGGAAGGGAAGGGCACCUCGGGUUGGCCUAUCACAAACAUCCGAGUUCGCAAUGGGCGAUGAUGAGGAAACUGACCUUUCGUCCACCAACGAAAAACAACCAGUUGGUGUUGCUGCGAAGCAGUUUGAUUAUAUGAAAAUAUUUGAAGAGGCCCAUUCACUUGCCAAGGAACGCAAUUAUGCCAAAAACACGGAAGUUCUGUCAGCUCAAACAUUGGGACCAGAGCAGCGUGAAGAAGUCAGUCCGCCACGUACGAAAGAUGAUGAACACGAAGCAGAUGCAGGGGAGAUUAAAUUUCCACCAAAAGAAAUAGACCUUGACACUAGAGACCCAUAUUUUCUUCCAAUAACCGACAUGUUAGCUCUAUGUCACGGGACAAAACCACUCACGGCACUAGGUGUGGAUCCGUCCGGAGCUCGCGUUGCUACUGGCGGUUUCGAUUUUGAUGUAAAACUUUGGGACUUCGGUGGUAUGGACAGUUCAUGUCGAGCUUUCAAAGCAGUACGGCCUUGUGAGGACCAUCAAAUCAAACAUUUGGAAUUCAGUCCAUCAGGCGAGAACUUACUUGUCAUUUCGGGUUCUGCUCAAGCUCAUGUGGUCACCCGCGAUGGAGAACCGGUGUGCUUCACCAACAAGGGAUUCCAAUAUAUCACCGACCCUGCAAGUGCUAAGGGCCACACGCAUGGUUUACAUUGGGGCUGUUGGCAUCCACUAGAUUCAUCCAGGUUCCUUACUUGCUCUCAGGACGCUACACUCCGUCUAUGGAAUAUCGAAGAUGCCGAGACUCUGAUGAACGAAACUCGUAUUCCAACUCACAAGUCGGUCAUCAAACCGCGAACUUCGCAGGGUCGGAAGGUCAUCGUAGCUGGCUGUCAGGAUGGAUCGCUGCAAAUGUGGGAUACACGCAAGUUGUUUGUAAACACAUCUCAACUUGUGCGUGAAGCUCAUCCUCCGAAUACAACCAUCACCUGUGUAGCUUGUUCAUGGGACGGAAAACAUUUGGUAAGCCGAGCUGUUGAUGACACAGUCAAGUUAUGGGACGGACGUGCGCUCAGCAAGGGACCAGUUCAUAUCGUACGGGAUCUACCCGCAUUGUUUGACCAGUCUGAUGUCGUUUUUAGUCCGAACGAUCAUGUCGUUGCCGCUGCUGUUUCAGCCCCCCGAGGAGACCAGAAAGCAGGCCGGAUUACAUUCUAUCGCAGGGAUAAUUUCAAACUUAUGGAAGAAAUCAAACCGGAACAUGGUAGUGUAAUUCGUAUUGCAUGGCACCAUCGUAUCAAUCAGCUUUUUUGUGCCUCAUCUGAUGGAACAGCGAAUGUUUGGUACGACCACCAAGCCAGCCACCACGGCGCACUACUUUGUGCAUCCCGGCAGGCCACAGCAGCAAGUCGUAGGAGACGGCUAGGUGGCAGCGAGGCCUAUAUGAAACCAUACCUACUUACAUACAAUGAAGAUUCUGUACGAUCGGCGCGCAAAGCCAAAAAGCUGCUCAAUCAACCUGGAAUGGAAUCUCAGAUCGCUUUGGCAGCAGUGACAGCACCGGUCCAUGCAAAUCGACAGGCUGCGGCUACUUUAGCCAACCAACAGGCCAGAGCUCGUGCUCCUGUGCAGGAGGAAGCGUUGGGCAAUCGGGUUGGCAGUUUGCAUCAGUACAUGGUCCAACAGAUUGUGCUGAAAAAAGACGAGGCCGAGGAACGAGCUGAGAAAGACAUUCGUGGAGCGAUACUUCGUCAUGCAGAGGAAGCAAAGUCCAAACCAUUUUGGACCAAGGCUUAUUUAAAGACGCAACCUAAUCCUGUUUUCUACAACGCAGAUGAAGAGGUGAAGAAAGACGAUACACCCGUUUGGAAAAAACAAAAGCUGGCGUGAUUUAUUACCUCGUUUUCUCCCGCACAAUACCCUCCUUUUUGUAUAUAAAUAAUAGUUUUCUGUGUGGGAAUGUAUACUACAUUGAAUUCUCUUUUACGAAAACAUACAAUUUGAAAAAGACGUCUACAAGGUUAUCGAUCGUUGAACCUCUCCCUGCCACGGGUAUCCUCGAUCGCCGAGGCUUGGGUUCACCCAUUUUACGGAUGGGGAACAUAGUAUUACUUAGAAAAAUAGACGAUUUUGGUUCGGCACACGGUUCAUCACAGUUCGUACGAAGUGUUAAUGGGCCGCGUUCUUUUAUGCUGUUUACAUGAAGGCGGUCGGCGUUUUGUGUCAAUGUUUCGUUGACGGGCUGAACAGACUGUAUGGAUUCAACUUGUCUUCCUACCAUUUUUGAGCUGUUGGGAAAGAGAAAGAAAAGUAUGUGAAUGUUAAAAACGAUUGACCAGCAAAAAC